GGCAGCGGCCGGGCCCCGCGCGCUCCAUGGCGGCCGCUGCCGGCCCCGACGAGGCGGACGAGGCGGUGCGGGGAACGUGCGAGGACGCGUCCGUCUGCAAACGAUUUGCUGUGAGUGUUGGCUACUGGAAGGACCCUUACAUCCAGUAUUUUGUGAGACAAGCCAAAGAAAGGAAAGCACCUGAGAUCAACAGAGGUUAUUAUGCUCGUGUGCACGGGGUCAGUUACCUGAUCAAGGCUUUCCUGGACAAGACAGAGUGCAACUGCCAGAUUGUGAAUCUUGGGGCUGGCAUGGACACCCUGUUCUGGAGGCUGAAGGAUGAAAACCUUCUCCCUAGAAAAUAUUUUGAAGUGGAUUUUCCUAUGAUCGUUGCAAGAAAAAUCCAUCAUAUCAAAUCAAAACCUCCCCUGUCAAAACCAAUUAUGGAAUCCCAUUCAGGGGACUCUCUUCUAAUAGAUUCCCACAGCCUGGACUCCAGUCGAUAUUCCAUAGUGGGAGCAGAUCUUCGAUUCUCAUCAGACCUGGAGGAAAAGCUAAAGAAACAUGGCUUGGAUGUACAUUUGCCAACGCUGCUGGUGGCCGAGUGUGUGCUGGUUUACAUGACCCCCCAGCAGUCUGCAGACCUGCUCAGGUGGGCAGCAAACACCUUCCCCGUGGCCAUGGUUAUCAAUUAUGAGCAGGUGAACAUGGGGGAUCGCUUCGGGCAGAUCAUGAUCGAGAACCUGCAGCGCCGGCACUGCAACCUGGCUGGGGUGGAGCUCUGCAGCUCCCUGCACUCCCAGAGGGAGAGGCUGCUGGCAAACGGCUGGGAGGACGCCCGUGCCAUCGACAUGAUGAAGGUGUACAGCUUCCUGCCACAGGCUGAUGUCAAAAGAAUAGAAGCCCUUGAAUUCCUGGAUGAAAAGGAACUGUUUGAACAACUGAUGCAGCACUACUGCAUCUGCUGGGCUUCCAAAGACAGCAGCAACCUGGGUCUGGCAAACAUCGACUUCUGAGCCUGCAGGGAGGGGAGUCCUGGGGAGCCCCGUGACUGCCCUGGCUCAGGCCAGGACAGGGAAGGGAUGGGAAUUGCCCCAGGCUGGGGCUGGGCCAGGCCUGGUGCCUUGGGGUGGUUCCAAGGAAUAUUUUCUGUGAGCAGGACUUGCACAAGGUGUCAGUAACUCCUGUUUCAAGCUUGCCUUCCUUAGUUUCAAACUGAAAGUGAAGUGUUCUUGGACUCUUUUGAUUUCCCUGUCUGUGUUUUUGUGGAUGUGUGACACGUGUUUGUGACAGGAGAGGUGCCUGCCUGAGCAGGGAGGGAAUUCUGUGCAUUUUUGUUCUCUUCAGGUCUCAUUUGGGUGAAGUGGCACCGUGGUGGCUUCUCCAGGGUUCAGUGCUGUGCAAGGCUGUCCCUGCUGGGUGCUCUGGGAGGGGAAGGAGGAGGAGG